GUAUUCACAGGCUGGGCUCUAUCAUCCUCAUACACACAGUCCGAUACGAGCUUGUGGAAAUAGCUGAAAUGAUAUGUGAGAGAGAGCAGGCCGCAGUGACAGCCGUUCGCAGUUGACCCUUGACUUGCGAAAUUAGCGGCUAUACAACAUGGUACAAGUAGCACGUAACUGUAUUAGUGUCUUAGACGACAUCAAGAGGGCUGGCAAUGACGCCACGGCUUUUGCAGCGGAAGUGGCGAGCAUGGCGACCCAGCUGCGCGAGCUGCGGCCCCUUCUUGUGGAGCUAAGCUUGCCAAGGCGGCUCGUGACAGAUGGGGAUCACGAGUCCGCUCUGCAAGCGAUUGAUUUGGCUCUCCAAAAGUUCCUUAAGGGUGCUGAGAGGUGCAGCAGUGCCGGCCCGCUAGAAACUCUACUCACCGCGGGGCCACUGCACCUCGGAAUGGUUGACGCUUGCCUGUGCGUGGGCAAGGCGCUCAUCCCACUGCAGCGCCCGGAGCUGCCGACAGUGAUUGUGGCGCAGGCCAAGCUACUCGCUACCGAGCUCGAAAAGACAACACCGUCCUUUGCAUCCCUCCGACGGCUAGCUACAGCGCUCUCUGAGCUGCAGGAGGAGGCGGAGCGCGCGCGGCUGGGCGCUGGCGACAACGGUGCCUUCACCGCGCUGGUGACGCGGCUGACUGUGCGCUGCCCGCGCCCCCAGCUGGCCGCCGACGCAGCCUUCCUGACGGAACAGCUGCAGCAGGCCGCGGCGGCGGAGCGCAGCGUGGAGGCACAUUUCUUCCGGCUCGCCAGCACCGUGGUUCAGGCGCUGCUGCCGCCCGCGGCUGCCACGGCGUCGCCUGCUGCGCGCGGGGCCGCGGACCGCGCGGCGGCCAGCAAGCGUAGCGGCACCCCGCGCCGCUCGUCAGCGGCGGCGGCAGGCGAGCGUGCGGAGAAGGCGUUAGCGGCCGGUGCGGCGUCGUCCUCUCGCCGGCGGCGGCUGCAGCUGAAUGCUGAUGAGGGCGGCCAGGCGGAGCCGUGCGCCACCGAAGCAGCUGCAAGCGCCUGUGGUGACGUCGGGGCAAUGGUGGACAGGCUCUGCAGCAACUCGGCGUCGCACCUGGAGCGCGUGGCGGCGCUGGAGGCUCUGAGUGACGCGGUGAACGGCCCGCAGCACAAAGAGGCUGCUGAGGCGCUGGAGCGAGCGGGCAUGGGGCAGCUCCUGCGCCUGGUGGUGAGCAGCAAUCGCGCCGUCCGCGCCUCCACGCUGCGGCUGCUGGGCGAGCUGCUGCGGGCCGACCCGGACGGCCGUGCCCAGCAGCAGCUGGUGGCGGCGCGCGGGCUGAGUGUGCUGGUGCACCUGGUGGUCACCAGCUUGGAGGAGGGCGGCCUGCAGCGCAGCGCCGUGGCAGCAGCUCUGGGCGGGGGCGAGGCGGGCGCAGGCGCGGGAAGCGUGGAUGCGCAGCAUGUGGCGGUGGUGGCUGCGGCCUCGCCAGCAGGCAAGGGCAUGGGCGCAGGCACGCCGAAGAAGGGGCAUGGGGCAGUGGAGGCGGCAUCACCGCGGCCGGAGCCGGCGUCACCGGGCCCCGCGGCAGCUCCUGGACCCGUGGUGCCCGAAAGGGACGAGUCGGGCGUGUCGGAAGAGGAGCUGUGUGUGCUGGCAAUAGCCCUGCUGCGACAUUUGCUGUGCGGCCCACACAUGGCGGAGCUGAUGUCUGCAGGGGCCGUGAAGGCUCUGUGCCGCUGCGCCGCACUGCCGGGCGGCGGUCGUGUCGCGAGUGCUGCCGUGAUGGCUUUGGCCGACGCCGCUCAGGACGGCGCCGCUGCAGUUCAGAUGCUGCACGAGCGGCUGCUGGUCACGCUUGCGGACCUUGCGCUGUCGCCCCGCGUGUCCGAGGCUGGGCUCGCCUUCGCGUGCUUCGCUUCGCUGAUGCAGCACCCGGGCAGGCUGGCAGCCGGGGGAGCAACGGUCGUGUGCAGCAACGGCAGUAGCAGCGCCGCCAGUAGCACGAGCGUUGACGGUACUGCCGGGGGGACUGGCAGCAGCCCGCAGCAGCUCUGCGUGGAGAUGGGCCGGGCGUGUGACGCGGCCAGUACGACAGUCCUGUUGGACCUGGUGGCGGGCGACGUGGGCGGCAGCAGCGACACCGGCGACUGGCGGUCCCUUGUGCCGGCGGCGAUAUAUCUUCUGCCCGCGUGCCUGCACUCGCCCGACAACCGCGCCGCGGCGCUGCGUCAGGGCGGCGCGCUGCGCCGGCUGCUACGACCGCUGGCCGCCGGCGAUGCGGGUGCAGCUGCAGUCCUGCGACGCCUUGGGAGCAGCCUAGACCAGACCAAGCCGGCGGUUGUGCGGCUGCUUGCGCAGGCGCUGGUGGAGAGCUCGCCUGCCGGUGCUCGCAGCGGCGCCGGUGCGCAGCAGAGCGCGCAUCUGGCGCUGGCGCUGGCGGAUGUGUUGCGGCCGGUGGGCAGCCGCGAUCGCGCCGCGCUGCGCUGGGCGGGCGAGGCGUGCAGCGAGGCGGAGGGCUGCGGCGCGGUGCGGGCGGCCAUGGACCUCACCACCAGCACGGACGUGUCGUGCAGGACUGCGGGUGUGGCGGUCCUGCAUGCUCUGACAGUGUACGGCAGCACCAGCACGCGGGCUGCCCUGGGCGCUGCGGGCGGCGUGCCGGCGCUGGUAGAUGCUGUGAAGCUGGAGGCCAAGCCACUACCAGAGCCGGCGCUAGCCCCACCCAUCUGCUCGCCGCACACGGUCGGCCACGCGGCGUCAGAGGCGCUAGCAGCGCUGGCUGGCAGCGACAAGAUGCGGCGCGACAUCUGCGUGCAGCUGUGCGCCUUUGCCGGCUCCAGCUCGCUGGGCUUGGCGGCGGCGGCUUGUGGCGCGCUGCUGCUGCUGUUGGCGGAGGUGCCGGCGGCGGGGCCCAUCCUGGCGGAAAUGGGCGUCAUGGAACCGCUCGUGGAGCAGCUGUCACGCAGCCCCGAUGCCAGUGCCAAAGGAGGCCGCGACCCUUACCGCAUGUCCGUGGCGCUGCAAGGCGGUGCCGUCCGCGGCGCAGGCGGCGGCGCUGGCUCUAGCACUGUCAGCAGCAACAGCAACAGCAGCCAGGGCGCCGGCGGGGAGGAUGUGUUGGAGCUGGUGCAGCAGCGUGCCGUGCGGCUGCUGUGGGCGCUGUGCCGUGGCGGCGGCAGUGCGGUGGACGCCGCGGUGGCCGCGCGGGCGGCUCUGCCGCUGCUGAAGCGCGUGGGCCCGGCGCUGGAUGUCGCGCUGCGCGUGGAGGCCGCCGCGGCGCUGGGGACGCUGGUGCGCAAGAGUGCGAGCGCGCGCGACGAGGUGGUUGCCAACGGCGGUCUGGCACUGCUGCUGGACCUGGCGCGGGGCGCGCCCACGACUGUGCCGCUGUGGGAGGACGGCUGUGCCGCGCUGGCGGCGCUGGUGGCGAUGCAUGCGCCCACACGGACGGAGGCGAUGCGCGUGCUGCGGCAGAUGCUGGUGCGCGGCCCCACGCGGUCGGAGGUGGCGGCUGCGGCGGUGGUGGUGGCGCGCAUGGCCACGGGGCCGGCGGGGCGUGAGGCAGCGCUGGCGGAGGACGUGGUGGAGCCACUUGUGCGGCUGCUGGGCCUGGGCGACGACCGCACCAAGGCUGCGGCCGCAGACGCCAUCUACCACCUGGCCGUGGCGGGCACCGUGCAGCUGCCGCCUUGCACCGCGCUGCCCAACGGCGGCCCCAUUAAACCGCGCGUGGCGCUCAUCCGGGCUGGCGCCGUGCCGGCGCUGCUGGCGCUGCUGGAUGCGCCUAGCGAGCCGGCGGCCGCUGCUCCCGCAUCACCUGGCCCUGCAGCGGCUGCGGCGGGCGCGGAGGCCGGCGGGAUGCUGCCGGUUGCGGUGUUGCUGCCGGUGGUGGAGGCGCUUGAGUGCCUCGCGGGCAGCGAUGAGGGCGUGCAGGCCAUCAAGGCUGUGGGCGGCGUGCAGGUGCUCAAGGACACGGUGGCUCGCGGCAAGAGGCGCCUGGUGCCGCCCGAGGUCGCCAAGGCCGCGUCAGACGCCCUGCUGCAGUGCAUGUGAGGGGUGUGACACACGACUGCUGCGGGCUGCUGGCAGAACCUCAUUCGCUGCUAGGCAGGCGGUCUCAUGCGCAUGACACCAAUCUUCUGAGCCUUGCGGACGCUCUUUUUCUUAAAUGCUAGGCAGGCCCUCGCCCACGGCCCAAGGUGUGACAAACCUGGCGCUGUACUCUGUAACAAUGCAUAUGCAGGCCAGUCCGUCACAGGGGUGGUCUGUCAGUAUUGUACCGCUGGCAUGAAGCAUGGGAUCUGCUGCCUGGUGUGCCGCCGGGUGUCAUGCGUUGAUCCUUAGGGUUGGAGAAGACCGCCCAUCUAAAGGAGCCUGGAAUGGCGCAAUACUGAGCACGAUCC